CGGCUCAAGUCUGCGCUUCCAGGUUCAGUUUCAGGGUCUCGCCGGCAGCCCCGGCCGGCGGGCGCGCGGCGAUCAGCGGGGCCGCGACGGCUGGGUCCUCCGGGGGGUUCCCCGGAGUUGGGAGGCGGCGUCCGGGAGUCCCCGGAGGAGGAUGGGCUGCGGACACAGCAGGCUGAGCUGCUGCAAAGCCCCCAAAAAGAGGCGCCAAAAACCAGAUCAGCCCCCCAGACCAGAGCCACAGGAACUAGGUCCCCUCAAUGGGGACACAGCCACAGCUGUCCAGCUCCGUGCAUCUGAGGAGGCUGAGCAGUGCCAGAAGGAGAUAACCAGAAUUCUCCAGCAACACAAAGAGGACAGGAAGAAAUGGGCACAACAGGUGGAGAAGGAGAGGGAGCUAGAGCUUCGAGAGAAACUGGAUGAACAGCGAAGAGUCCUGGAGGGAGAGCAUGAGGAGACCCUGCAAG